AUGGAAGCCGGAUCAUCUACUGCCGGUUUUACCUGGCCCGACUACUUGGUGUUCGGUAUCAUGCUUGUCGUGUCAUCCAUCAUCGGCUUGUACUUUGGCUUCAAGACCAAGAGACAGCACGCUGGCGCCGACGAGAUGUUGACAGGUAACAGAAAUCUGCCGGUUCUACCAGUGGCCCUGUCCCUUAGCGCCAGUUUCACGUCUGCCACGACAAUCCUUGGGAUCCCUGCUGAAGUGUACGCUCGAGGCGGCGAGCAAUGGCUGUGGUGUUUCGGUCUCUUUUUCUGUUUCAUCAUAGUCGGUUCAUUUAUCGUGCCCUUUUUCCAUGAGCUCCAUCUCACCAAUGCCUACGAGUACCUGGAGCUGCGCUUUAACAAAACCAUCCGCUACCUGGGAUCCAUGACGUUUGCUGUGGUUAUUCUACUCUACAUGGCCGCGGUCCUGUAUGCACCGGCUGUUGCUUUAAGCCAAGUAACGGGUUUUUCAAAAGAGAUUUCAAUUUUAGCAAUGGGGGCCGUGUGCACUUUCUACACGUCUAUAGGUGGGAUCCGCGCGGUUGUGUGGACUGAUGUCUUCCAGCUGGUAGUCGUGUGGGUGGGUCUGCUGGUACUGAUGUUUAAAGGAGCUAACGAUGCCGGAGGAUGGGCACAAGUUUGGCAGAUCUCUCGUGACGGAUCUCGGCUGCCAAAGUUUAACAUGGACCCAAAUCCUUUCAUACGACAUACAUUUUGGACGUUUCUGAUUGGUGGAUGUACUAAUAUGAUGACAGUUUAUGGAGCCAAUCAAACCAACCUUCAGAGAUAUGCCUGCGUGCCCACACUUAAGGGUGCCCGGAUAGCUCUUCUUCUGAACCUGCCGCUUUGGCUGCUCUACAUCAGUGUGCUGUCUCUGUUGGGGCUCGUCAUGUACGCCUAUUAUGAAACUUGCGAUCCUUUGAUGGCUGGGAGUGUGGCCAAACCAGAUCAGUUGAUUCCCUUCUUUGUUCUGGAAACUAUGGGCGGCUUUCCGGGCCUUCCUGGGCUUUUUGUUGCGGCCAUCUCAAGCGCUUCCAUCAGCACAAUCUCCUCGGGGAUCAACUCGCUGACGGCUGUUACUCUGGAGGAUGUCUUCAAGCCUUGUUUCCGGGUCACGAAGCACCAUGAGCCUUCUCCGACAGCAUCAACAAUUGCUACUGUAGUACUGGCAAUAUUUUUUGGCUCUCUGACAAUCGGUGUGGCCUAUCUGGCAAGUCUGUUAGGGAGAACUGCAGUUAUGAUUUCCUUCAGUACGUUCGGGAUCGUUGGCGGUCCCCUGUUGGGUUUGUUGAUGGGUGGGAUGUUCGUUCCCUUUAUGAACAGUUGGGGUGCUGGUAUAGGAAUGAUUGUAAGCUUGGCAGUGUGCUUCUAUGUGGGGAUCGACCCCAUUUUCAACCCUCCCCCUAACACAGACUUGCCUCUGCGGAGCGACGGGUGUCCAGUUACAAACAACACCGCCUACCCAACAUUUUCUUCUAUACUGGGAGAAAGCUCAACAUAUUCCUACACGAAUGCCACACUACCAGAGGAGACGGCCAACGAACACCUGUACUUGUCGUACCUGCAUUACUCAACCCUGGCACUGCUGGUCUCCACCUGUGUGGGAGUGAUCGUCUCGGUCGUCACAGGUUGUAAUAAAGGAAGACAAGUGGACGAGAGGACAUACUACAAAUAUUCCUGGUGUUCCAGUGCAGGCAAGACAAAAUCGAAGUACCAAGUUACGCAAAACGGCUUCCAUGACAACCAUAAGCGUGGCGGAAGUGACAGUCGCCAUGAUGUCAAGGGCGGUUACCAUUUGUAUUCAAAAAAUGGCGGGACCAAACCGGAUCUUUCUGGCGACAUCUACUCUAGUGACAAGUACUUCGAUCAGACACUGGUGUGA